AUUUUCUCUCCCCACUAUCCAAACACACAACUCUUUUCUCUCUGAGAAAAAAAUCAAACCCCCUUUUUUUCAACUCCGAAACUUAACCCACCUUCAAAGCUUUUUCCCCUUCUUUUUUUUUUUUUAUCCAUUUUCCUUUCCUUUUCUUCUUCCUACAACCGAAAAACACUUUCUUUUCUUUUUUUCUUUUUUUUUUUUUGAAUGAUUUCGCAGUGAAAUGAAGUGAAAGUGAUUAAAAAAAAAAAAUGGAGUUUCAAGAAGAAGUUCCUCACGAAAUGGCUUUCCAAACUUUCAUGGAUCAGCCGGAAAUCUCCAUAGGUGGCGGCGGAAGCAGCGGAGGAAGCGGAGCUCCGACGUGGCUUAACAACGCCAUGUUUAGGCAGCAGCAGAAAUUCCUGAACUUGCAGCAGGCCGCCGAAUCCGAGUCGCGGAACGAUGGAAUUGCGACGGCUCCGGCGAACAAAAGCCUCAAUUGCGGCGAUCAGAGGACUUGCCGUGGAGAAGAGGAGGAGGAGGUGGAGGAUGAUGAUGAGGAAGAAGAAAGGGAAGAGGAAGAGGAGGAGGAGGAGAUGGUGGUGGUGGAGUGUGAGAACGCGAGGUUCAAAGCGGACAUAAUCAGGCAUCCACUGUACGAGCAGUUGCUAUCGGCUCACGUUUCGUGCCUGAGGAUCGCAACUCCCGUGGACCAGCUGCCGAAGAUCGAUGCUCAGCUCGCUCAGUCUCAUCGCGUGGUAGCCAAGUACUCCGCGAUCGGCAUGAAAAGCGGCCUUCAAGUUGUCGAUGAAAAAGACCUUGAUCAGUUCAUGACAAAUUAUGUUUUAUUGCUCUGUUCCCUUAAAGAGCAAUUGCAGCAACAUGUUCGUAUUCACGCUAUGGAAGCGGUGGUGACCUGUUGGGAGCUUGAGCAAUCUCUGCAGAGCUUAACAGGUGUAUCGCCAGGUGAAGGCACGGGUGCAACAAUGUCUGAUGACGAUGAUGAUCAGGUAGAUAGUGAUGUCAACUUGUAUGAUGGAAGUCUGGAUGGCCCUGAUAGCAUGGGAUUUGGUCCUCUCAUCCCCACUGAAACUGAAAGGUCCUUGAUGGAGCGUGUAAGGCAAGAAUUGAAGCAUGAAUUGAAACAGGGUUACAAGGAUAAGAUUGUGGACGUUAGAGAGGAAAUUCUCCGUAAGAGAAGAGCAGGAAAACUGCCAGGUGAUACCACCUCCCUUUUGAAAGCUUGGUGGCAAUCACAUUCUAAGUGGCCAUACCCAACAGAGGAAGAUAAAGCAAAAUUGGUGCAAGAAACAGGCUUGCAACUGAAGCAGAUAAAUAACUGGUUUAUAAAUCAAAGGAAAAGGAACUGGCAUACCAACCUUUCAUCUUCACCUACCUCAAAGAGUAAACGCAAGAGGUAAAACCAGCAAUCAGAACGCAAUGUAAAUGGACAAGGACAAACGGUAACAUCUUGUUUAUACUCGUCUUUCCAGUCUUUCAGACAGUCAUUAUCUGAGAGUAAUGUUUUGGCGAUACGGGAAUGUACUGCAAGGGAAGAUUAGUGUAGUUUGUGAAGAUUUUUACUUUGCAUUUAUACAAUGAAAGCUUAUUUGAUUCUGCCAUUAUAAUACCUAUGAUAAUGGUUUCUGUGCAAAGAUAUGCAUGAAGGUGUAAUGUGUAAUGACAGAUGUGAUAUCUCUAGCAUCAAUCUAUCAUACAGUUGAAGCCUUGGAGGGAAACAAAAACAAGUUCUGCUAGCCUUCUUUGUAACCAUGUGCAGGUGGAUCUAGGUAGCAUUUUGUGCACUACGUGCCUGAGUUCUAAAAUUAUUAAUUCCUAUGUUUAUUUUUGCGAAUAAGAAUUGACUGUGUAAAUGCAUUUAAAUAUAUGACAAUUUAAUAGUUUGAA